AUGCUCUGUAAAGCCCUUAAUGGUAAUUCUUCAGAUGAUUCUUCUAAAAUUAGUCUAGUAGCUGUGAGUACAUUAUCUGUGUCUCAGUUUCCUUAUCUAUCUUUAAGUGAUAGUGAUGAACGUGAUGAGUGA